GAUUCGAUAAUCAUAGAGACUGUAUAAUGGGAAGCAAAAGCCGACAAAUUAAUUGCGAAAUAUUGACAGAAACCUGUUUUAUUAAUUGGGUUUCUUCUUCAUACCGUAUAUCGUCGUCAUCAAAUUAUAUAAUCAGCCAAUUCCAAAAACAGGCCUUUUUUUUGACGAAGAAAUGGAUUCUCCAUUCAACGCCGAUGUACUGAAAGGCAAAGUAGCUCUACUGACCGGUGGCGCAUCGGGAAUCGGAUUCGAGAUUUCCACCCAAUUUGGAAAGCACGGAGCCUCCAUCGCCGUCAUGGGCCGCCGUAAGAACGUCUUAGACGACGCCGUUUCCGCCCUCAAUUCCCUCGGGAUCCCCGCUGUUGGGUUUGAAGGAGAUGUCCGCAAACAGGAAGAUGCACAAAGAGUCGUGGAGGCCACGGUGAAGCAUUUCGGAAAGCUCGACAUUCUUGUGAAUGCCGCUGCUGGCAAUUUUCUCAUAUCGGCUGAGGAUCUCUCUCCCAACGGUUUUAAAACAGUGAUGGAUAUUGAUUCUGUUGGCACUUUUACAAUGUGUCACGAAGCACUAAAGUAUCUCAAGAAAGGCGGACAAGGGAGAAGCUCGUCGUCUAGUGGAGGAUUUAUACUGAACAUAAGCGCGACAUUGCAUUAUACAGCAUCUUGGUAUCAGAUCCAUGUUUCUGCAGCCAAGGCGGCUGUGGAUGCUCUGACGAGAAAUUUAGCACUGGAAUGGGGUACAGAUUACGAUAUACGAGUAAAUGGGAUAGCACCAGGUCCCAUAGGGGAUACUGCUGGAUUGAGUAAACUUCUGCCUCAAGAAAUUAAUAACAAAAUGAGAGAAAAUUCGCCUCUUUAUAAAGUUGGCGAGAAAUGGGAUAUUGCUAUGGCGGCUGUUUACUUGGCCUCGGAUGCUGGUAAAUACAUCAAUGGAAGUAUAUUGCCUAUUGAUGGAGGGCUUUGGUUGAGCAAGCCACGUCAUCUGUCGAAAGAUGCAGUGAGACAAGUUUCUCGAGCUGUAGAGAAAAGAUCUCGUGCUGCUCCCGUUGGAAUCCCGACCAGUAAACUGUAGCCUAAGCUUUUGAUAAGCCCUCACUUUUUUUAUCAUCUUUAUAAAUAAAGUCCUUUAUGUAACUCAGAAUUGAUUCACUAAUCAGUAAUUUAAUGUUUUGAGUA